AGGAGGGACAGGUUUGGCAUAUUCUAGACGCUUGGGGCUGCUGAGAACAAAGCCACCAACUGGACUAGCACAUACUAGCUGCCAGAGCCCCUCACCUGUGCUCAGUGUUUCUGUUCAUCUGUAUUCCAACAAAAUACCUUAGACUACGGAAUUUAUUCAAACCCGGAAAUUUAUUUCUCACAUUUCUGGAAUUCUCACAUUCAUCCAUGCAUAGUUGUUGAAUCUUGUGGGGGAGUGGGGAGGAUAGGAGGUCUAGGGCUUCCUAUUCUGCCAUCUCAUUCCCAUCACUGUUAGUCGUAGAAUAUUCAAUGAAGAAAAAUGUGUCUUAAAUAUUUAUAUACUCUUUUCAUAGAGGUGAAAGCUAAAACAAUAACAACAACAACAACAACAAUUUCACCACACAUAUGCGCACAAAAACUACAUAAAAAGGCAAAUCAAGAGGGCGAUGGUGACUUUAGCAGGGGAAUAGCAGUGGGAUGUUUUGACAUGGGGAGAACGCAAGUAAAUGUAGGUUGCACCAAGAUCCUGGUUUUUGUUUAGGGUGACGGGUUCAUGGUACUUAUUAUACUACUUUCAAUAAUCAAUUAAUUAAUUAAUUAAAAAAACAGACACUGUAUGAAUCAGUGAUGGAAAUAUGUCCUCACUUAAGACUUGUGAGUAAACCAUAUCUGUACACCUGAGGAACAGAGAAAAAAUACAACUCAGUAAAAUUGCUGUUAGAAAAUAGUACCAAUUUAUAUUCCAAAGUUUCUUCUAAUUGCUGCCUAAUUAUGCCAUGCAGGGAGAUAUUGAAAUACGCAUAUGAGAAUUAGAGGUAAAUUUUGGUGAGCCAUUGUUACGAUGGACAAUAGAACUGCUAUGUAGGUAGGGUGAAUAGGAAGCCAGGGGGCAUACAGGUUUGUAGGAAGAACUUGCAAUAUUAGCCUUUCGAAAAUUCCAGGCCAGUAAGACUGAAUAGCAUUCUAACCUCCAACAACAAGGUGUCUGCAGAACGCCUUUUGUUUUGAUUGUCUCAGCACCCUUUUGUAUAAACAAUUCCUUCUCUCUUCUCCCAUAGUAAUUCCAGUGGCUACAGGGGUGGGCCUGUGACCCAAAUGUGCUGAUCAUGUGCCCCAUCCCCUUGUCUGCAGGAGCUGCUCAGUCUCUAGGUGAGAGUUGAUAUGUGUGUACUAACAGUGGAAGUUUCUCUUUUCCUUUUGCAUUGCUAACUAUAAAAGUAGUCACUCGUACUUUUUAUUUCAUUGAUUUUGUAGUUUUUUUAUUUCAUUGAUUUUGUAGAAUCCCUUCAGUUUACCUUUUCAAGCUAUAUAAUGGUGUAGUAAUGGGUUUGAAAAAGUUCACAAAUUCACAGAACAAACCUUGAUAAUAUAUACUGAUAGGGCCUGCAAGUCCCUUCAGCAUACUGCUUGACUGAACACUGCCCAGUUCGUUAUUCCAGUUACAUAUGAAUAGCACAGGAAUAAAGUACUGUUUCAUGCAGAACACAGAAAGAAACUGAGAAAUAAUUUGGUUGAAUAUGCACACCAAACCACCAUGACACGCAAUUUAUCUAUAGAACAACCUGCACACGUACACCCAUCUCACUUCCUGAAACAACUGAAUUAUGAAUCAUUAUUCUACAGCUGGAUCAGAGUUAAAGGUCUGUCUCCUACCUACUUAGAGCUAAGGGCAUAGAUCAAGUCAAUGCAAGUAUUCAAUUAAAAAGAAAAUGACUGCAGAUCUGUUUUUAUUUAAUACUUAGAGAAUUGUAGGUUCUAGGUGCUCUGAAACAGCCACUAAUUUCAUUCCCUUGGCUUACCCAUUCCCUUGGAUAUAGAAAAAGAAGACACGACUGAUAACAUCUGAGAGGAAGGAAACUGCAUUGUGCCGGGGAUCUGCAUGUCACAUUAUAAAAAGCAAUUUUUUAAAAUAGAACCAGCCUUUCAAACAGUUUCCAGAGAUGGAUUAUCCUACUUUACUUUUGGCUCUUCUUCAUGUAUACAGAGCUCUAUGUGAAGAGGUGCUUUGGCAUACAUCAGUUCCCUUUGCCGAGAACAUGUCUCUAGAAUGUGUGUAUCCAUCAAUGGGCAUCUUAACACAGGUGGAGUGGUUCAAGAUCGGGACCCAGCAGGAUUCCAUAGCCAUUUUCAGCCCUACUCAUGGCAUGGUCAUAAGGAAGCCCUAUGCUGAGAGGGUUUACUUUUUGAAUUCAACGAUGGCUUCCAAUAACAUGACUCUUUUCUUUCGGAAUGCCUCUGAAGAUGAUGUUGGCUACUAUUCCUGCUCUCUUUACACUUACCCACAGGGAACUUGGCAGAAGGUGAUACGGGUGGUUCAGUCAGAUAGUUUUGAGGCAGCUGUGCCAUCAAAUAGACACAUUGUCUCGGAACCUGGAAAGAAUGUCACACUCACUUGUCAGCCUCAGAUGACGUGGCCUGUGCAGGCAGUGAGGUGGGAAAAGAUCCAGCCCCGUCAGAUCGACCUCUUAACUUACUGCAACUUGGUCCAUGGCAGAAAUUUCACCUCCAAGUUCCCAAGACAAAUAGUGAGCAACUGCAGCCACGGAAGGUGGAGCAUCAUCGUCAUCCCCGAUGUCACGGCCUCAGACUCGGGGCUUUACCGCUGCCACUUGCAGGCCAGCGCAGGAGAAAACGAAACCUUCGUGAUGAGAUUGACUGUAGCCGAGGGUAAAACCGAUAACCAAUAUACCCUCUUUGUGGCUGGAGGGACAGUUUUAUUGUUGUUGUUUGUUAUCUCAAUUACCACCAUCAUUGUCAUUUUCCUUAACAGAAGGAGAAGGAGAGAGAGAAGAGAUCUAUUUACAGAGUCCUGGGAUACACAGAAGGCACCCAAUAACUAUAGAAGUCCCAUCUCUACCAGUCAACCUACCAAUCAAUCCAUGGAUGAUACAAGAGAGGAUAUUUAUGUCAACUAUCCAACCUUCUCUCGCAGACCAAAGACUAGAGUUUAAGCUUAUUCUUGACAUGAGUGCAUUAGUAAUGACUCUUAUGUACUCAUGCAUGGAUCUUUAUGCAAUUUUUUUCCACUACCCAAGGUCUACCUUAGAUACUAGUUGUCUGAAUUGAGUUCCUUUGACAGGAAAAAUACUUCAUUACCUAAAAUCAUUUUUCAUAGAACUGUUUCAGAAAACCUGACUCUAACUUGUUUAUAUACAAAAGAAAACUUACUGUAUCAUAUAACAGAAUGAUCCAGGGGAGAUUAAGCUUUGGGCAAAGGCUAUUUACCAGGGCUUAAAUGUUGUGUCUAGAAUUAAGUAUGGGCAUAAACUGGCUUCUGAAUCCCUUUCCAGAGUGUUGGAUCCAUUUCCCUGGUCUUGGCCUCACUCUCAUGCAGGCUUUCCUCUUGUGUUGGCAAGGUGGCUGCCAACUCUUGGCAAUUCAUACAUCCUCGUUUCUAUCUGGUAGAGAGUUUGCUUCUCAAAUGGAGCAAAGAAAUUUGAUUAUUUUUUCAUUGUUAAAUAAGCAUCAUGACCAGAAAGGAUGGAAUGGCUUAAGUAAACUAAGGGUUCACUUCUAGAGCUGAGAAGCAGGGUCAAAGCAUAAUACUGGGCAAUUCAGAGCAUGGUUAGAAGAGGGAAGGGGAGUCUCAAAGCUGGAGAGUUUACCAACAAAUAUUGACUGCAGUGAUUAACCAAGACAUUCUUGGUUAACUAAAAAGUGAAAUAUGGGAUGGAUUCUAGAAAUGGGGUAUCUCUGUCCAUACUUCUAGAAUCCACUCUAUCAGCAUAGUCCAGAAGAGUACCUGGCAGUAGAAGAAAUGAAUAUUCAAGAGGAAGAUAAAUGCGAGAGGGCAAUCCCUUACUAUUCUCAUAUAUAUUUAUCUCUCAUUCUGUAUAGAAUUCUUGCCGCCAUCCCAGGUCUAGCCUUAGGAGCAAAUGUAGUAGAUAGUCCAAUAAUAAAUAACUUAAUGUUUUGGACAUAUUUUGUCUACUUUUGAGAAUUAUUUUUAAUAUGUAAAUUCUCUCAAAAGGAUCAGGCACCUAGUUAUUAUUUUUUAAUGAUUAUGUGAAAGUUGAAUAUAAUAUACCACUAAAAGUGACAGUUGAAAGUGGUGGCAUAGGAUGGUAGGGUAGAAAUUUGGGAGGGAAAAAAGAAAUUGGGAGGGUACAGGCAACAGGAGAAAGGAAUCAAACCACAGAAAAAUACAAAGGGAAACUUCUGCUUCACUAUUCAGACAAAGACAGCCCUAAUGACAUCACCAACAGUCAAAGCAAUUAGAGACCAUACCUAAUAUUGUUUAAAUUCUAGAUGUAGGCAAACAAUGAAAAGUAUUUGCCAAACUGAAUAAAACUGUCAUGGUUACCUUGAAAGGACAAUGGUUAUUAUUAAAUAUAGUGAUCAUUCAUGUCUAAAAGAUUCAUUAUUUAUCUCUAAAGAUUUCUAAAGACCACCAUCUAGAAAAGAUUCGUUAUGAAGGCUGUAUUUAAAUAUCAAAGUUGUGGACUUCAUGAUAAUCUUAAAUGAAGCAAAUCCAAAUUCUCCUGUUGCCUAGACAGAUUCUAAGAUGUAAUUUACACUUUUAAGCUAAUUAGUGAGUAUUUUAUGAUUUUAGCCUUAAACACCAUGUAUGCCAAAUAAUGCACUUGUUUUGUGAAUUACAGAAAUGGUAAGUGCCCACAUUUCUGUGAAUUAUAAAAUUUGUGAGUUUCUUUUAACCCUUUUCAGGAGUGAAAAAAUAAAAACGACCAUUUCCUGGUUGUACUUAAGUAUA